GACAUAUUGUGGGCGGGGAAUCGAAGGGCUGGGACCCAAUCACAUUAAUCUGGACAAGCUCUCCGCUGAAAUACACCCAACCAAACGGAGAUACCCGAACAGAGUAGGAGAUCGAGGGGAGAAGAUUCAGCUCAUCAAUCAGAAGUAAGAAGAUUAAGUCACCUGGAGAACCACACGCCAACGGAAGGAACCAACGGAGGUCAGGAGACCUAGUCGGUACCGAGAUGGCCGAGACAUCUCCCAGCAACGCUUUCUUGUUUUAGAUGGGGUCAGGAUCGUCACACUUCCCGCGAGGUCAGGGAUAACCGAGACACCUCACCGAGUCACCAUGUGAGAAGAUGCCUUUGGGUGUGUUGCCCCAUCAGAGAUCGGUCUCCUGACUUGUAGCUGACGGUGUUUGCAUAACAAGUUUGGAGUCGUACCAUAGGGCUUUUUUUUUUUUUUUUAUCUGCUUCUGCAGGCCAGCUGUCUACAACAUCAAACUGGACACAACCUCAACCAAAUCUAAAGGAUAUCUUGCAUGUGGACUCCUGUUCUUACUCCUACAUUAGAACCAGCAGCCAACAUCCUCACCCUGCAUUCAAAUCAGGAGAACAGGAGCCAGAAUCGACGCCUUCUCUCGUUCUCACUCCGGACGGAUUAGAGUAUUUAUCCCUUUUGGCUGAUGCCCGAUCUCCAUCAGCGACCAUGAUGUUCUGCACCACCUUCCUCUCCACGCCGGCGGACGAGCUGGUGUGCGAGGGUGGAGUCGAGAGGGCUAAGGGUGGGGGGAGGUCGUCCCCGACGGGGAUGGUACCCGGGCAGGCCCUGGGGCCGGGGGGCUGCCUGUCCACCUUGCGUUGCCUGGUCCUCCCCCAAGAGGAGCUCUGCCAGUCUCUCGCCUAUUGCCACGGCGACGGUCCCCGUGGCAGCAGCGCGUUGGGGAAGAGGAUGCUGCUGGAGGUCAACAGGGCCACUUCCUUCGGCGGGGGGGGGACAACAGAGGGGGGGGGGGCGGGAUGUGGCGCCAGGAAACACCGGAGUCGCUCGGUCUCGCCGGCGAUGGGUCGACGGCCGGCGAGCCCCGCGAGAGAUUGGUUUAAAGGGAUGGUGGCCAGAGGUCCGGCAUUGCCGAUGGCGACCGUGGACAUAAAGAACCCCGAGAUCCACAACGCCCCAGGGGGCGGGCACCGUUACCAUAACAACUCCCAGGUGAACAACAUCGUGCUCUCCUCCUUCCCCAAGAAGGAGAAGAAGGUGAAGGGCGGGAAGAAGAAGAGGCUGACCAAGGCGGACAUCGGCACGCCCAGCAACUUCCAGCACAUUGGACACGUGGGCUGGGAUCCCAACACAGGCUUUGAUCUGAACAAUCUGGACCCCGAGCUCAAGCACCUGUUUGACAUGUGCGGUAUCUCGGAGGCCCAGCUGAAGGACAAAGAGACGUCCAAGGUCAUCUACGAGUUCAUCGAGAAGAAGGGCGGCGUGGAGGCGGUGAAGAACGAGCUCAGGAGACAAGCCCCCCCUCCCCCUCCCUCGAGAGGCGGCCCCCCUCCACCCCCGCCCCCCCCCCACCACGGCUCGGCCCCUCCCCCUCCCCCCCCGGCCCGCGGACGCGGCGCCCCCCCACCCCCUCCCCCGUCCCGGGCGCCCACCUCGGCUCCGCCUCCCCCGCCCCCCUCCCGCGGCACGGGCGGGCCCCCCCCUCCCCCACCUCCCCCCCCCAGCCGCGUGUCCCUCCCGCCUCCCCCGCCGCCCUCCCACGCCUGCAUGCCGCCGGCUCCCCCCCCUCCCCCUCCCAUCUCCUCCGCCGCCGGCGGUGGGGGCGGAGCCCCGGCCCCUCCUCCCCCGCCGCCGCCUCCGCCCGGCCCCCCUCCCCCGGCUCCUCCCCCCAUGUCGGAGAGCGUGGACAGCGGGGACGGCGAGGGCGGGGGUAAGUCGGCCCUGCUCAACCAGAUCCGAGAGGGCCGGCAGCUCAAGAAGGUGGACAGCCAGAAGGAGCGGCCGGUGUCGUCCAACACGGGGCGCGACUCGCUGCUGGAACAGAUCCGCCAGGGCAUCCAGCUCAAGGCCAAGGUGGAGGGCGAAGGGCCAGCCCCCAACGCCGCCACCCCCUCUGCGGGCAUCGUAGGGGCCCUGAUGGAGGUGAUGCAGAAGAGGAGCAAGGCCAUCCACUCCUCAGAUGAGGACGAUGAUGAUGACGAAGAUGAGGACUUUGAGGACGAUGACGAAUGGGAAGAUUAGUGCUCCUUAUCCCCCCCCACCCCUUCCCAGAUGAUUAUUACAACACUAAUAACAGGAAAAGAAAAAUCUUUCACAUUCGGAUUAUAAAUGUAAAUGUUCCAAUGAUUUGCUGUAUAUUUUUGUUGCCUUUAAGCUUUUUUUUUUUUUAUUAUUAAUCCGUGCAAUAUGCUGUUUAAUCUGUAAAUAUGUCUAUCUGGUAUCCUAAUGUAACAACCUUUUUUCUUCUUUUUCUAUUCUCAUCUUUUCUUACUCUCUUUCCUGAUUUAUUUUGUUGCCUUUCCUCUUCCUGGUGAUGGAUACUGACGGGUAUUGUCCUCUGCCCCCACUCUUACUCUAUCAUGCUUUUGCAAAAUCCUCCCUCCAUUCCCCCGAUUGACGCGUGCAAUCAUGACAUCAUAGGGUCUCUCGAGCUAGAGUUUAUUUUUCUGGUUUAGAUAAGCGAUUUAAUGGUGGGGUUAGUAAAGAAUCAAUUGUUGUUAAUCAGGGGGGGGGGGGAAAUGAUAUUCAACAAGACUAUUUUCAUAUCCAAUUGCUCUGUAGUUUAUUUUUACUUAUUCGAAAAAUUAUCCUAGUUUAGCGCUCUUAUUUUCUUAAAACACAGGAAGAAGGAAAAAAAAUGUCUCUUCUUCUCCUAAAUAUUUAGCUUUAUCCGUUUAUCAAUUGUAAAUUUUGCUCCAGAGUUCUGAGUCUUGUUAUAUUUUUGCACAAAUGGAAAGAGGAAGACUCUGCAUGACUAUGGGAUAGUUUCAUGUCCAUAUCGCAGCGGAUCGUACCUACACUUUACUAUCAAGGUAAACCACACCUCAUCAAGCAUUUAACCAAUACACAUCCAACUAUGCAUUAACACGUAUACACAAGGUGUGCCGCAACAUAACCGGUGGCUGUCUGUGAAUUUUAUGGGAUUGUACUUUUUCUUUUGUCACACACUACAGAUACUUUUCUUUUCUAAACUUCCUUCAGUUUAAAGUAUUUUUUGGUUUUAAUCUAGAGGUUCAGUACAUUGUGAAAAACUAAAAGAAAUAAAUACAUUUUAAUUUAAGAGAUACAAUAUUUUUGACGGUUUAUGACUAGAAACAAAAGUAUCAGCGAUCUUGUUGAACGCUUGUACUUAAACCAUAGUAAGUAUGCAAACAUCAUAAAGAUACCUAGAUUAUAUGCAUACUUUCUGGGGUUUCAAGUGUAUCAUGAAAAGUGGACAGCAUACGACAAAAAAAACGACUGCUUCAAAUCCCUAAAACUUUUUUAAAGGAACUAUUACAGCUCCUUUAUUUUUCUAUGAUUCCGCUGUCGAGACUUUAUCAGGGUUUGUUAUGAACUGUCUUGAUAAAACUUAAUGUAACCAUACUGUGUCAUAAUUCAACAUUUUAUAUCAUCAUGGCUACGGUGUUCAGCGAUGAACGCACAGUUUCUCACUGUCAUUAUUUUCUUCUUUUUUUUUUUUUGUUUCUUUGUUUUCGGCCCAAUGACUAGCUCUGUAAUGAGUCCCAAGUGAUUGAUUGAUUUUCCAUUCUUCCAUUUUCUGCGCUGUUGGCACCAAUAUAUUUUCAAAAAAUUAAAAAAUACAAAAAAAUGAA